AUGUGUUUAGAGUAUGCGGCCAAUCCCACCAAGCGCCCCACUUCGAACCGUGGCGGCUACUUGCGGUCCAAUUGUCAAAUUUUCAAACAGUCUCCCAGACUAGGUCUUCGUCCCUUACACUACGGAACGCUGGGACAGAACAAUGCCGAAGAUAACGGGGCGACAUCGAAGACGAGAAUUGUCUGGUGGAAAAUGCGUCAAGAGGAUGUCGCGGCCGGGCCAGGACAUGACUUUGUAUCAGACAUCUCCGCUCGCCCGCGUGCGUUCACGACCGGAAACCACAAGAAUGCUCAGAUGUUUCGUCCGUUCCCUGCAAGAAAAACCCGUGUCCGAAGUACUCUACGCAUUAUAUUCUCUCCUCGGGAUACCAGCGGGCCGGGUUCCGUUUCUGGCACAGCAUAG